GCGCAUGCGCGGGCCGGAAGUGGCUCGUGAACAGUGCCGGGGCGGAAGCGGCGGACGCCGCGCAGAGAUUGCAUGAGUGAUGGAGAAGUUUGGCAUGAAUUUCGGAGGUGGCCCAAGUAAAAAAGAUCUCCUGGAGACGAUUGAUUCGCAGAAGAAGCAGCUUCUUCAGUACCAGGUUCGCCUGAAGGAUGUUGUCAGAGCCUACAAGAGCCUGCUCAAGGAGAAGGAAGCCUUGGAAGCCAGCUUGAAAGUAUUGUCUGUGUCUCAUGAGGCAGAUGUUGGCUUGAGCAGCGUUCAGCCGGCGACGGUUGCCAGCUCAGGUUCUUCCUUCCCCGAUGCCGCCGAUGACAGGAGCUCAGUUCACAGUGAGGACAGCGCAGGGACAGCCACCAGCGCAGACACUGCUGCCAGUCUGGCCAGUACCAAGGGUGAAGUGGGACCUGAGGAUGAGAAGCCCAUGGCCGCUGCCUCCUCUCUGAAAUCGGAAGAGACGAGUGGUUCAGAGAGUGGUGUCAGCACCGGUAGUGGGGAUGUGUCACCCGCUGCGAACGAGGCGGAUAGAAGAGUGCUCCAGCUGAAGACUCAGUUGGCCACCUUGACCAGUGCUCUAUCAACAGUCACGCAGGAGAAAUCCCGCAUGGAAGCCUCCUACCAAGCAGACAAGAAGAAAAUGAAGCAGGACCUGGAUGAUGCCAUUAAGAAAGCAGAGGAGGAGAUCGAGAGGUUGGAAAUGGAGCUGAAAUCUGUCCGGGACCAGCUAGCUGAGACCAAAGCCCGUCUGAUCACGCAGCAGCACGACCGAGCCCAGGAGGAGAGCGACCACGCUGUUAUGCUGCGGGAGCUGCAGAAGCUGCUCCAGAGCGAGAGGACUUUGCGCCAAGACGCAGAGCUGAAGUUGGAGGAGACCAGGGCAGCGUUGGCUGGCAGGGCCUGUAUGGCCGACCGCGCAGAGGGCUACGAGCUGCGGAUCAAGCAGCUGAGCCAGGAGGUGGAGGACCUGAAGAGACAGCUGCAAGCUGUUCAGGAGGAGAGCAACAAGUCAGACCCUCGGAUCCAGGAUCUGCAGGAGGAGAUAACCAGCCUCAAGAACCAUUUCCAAGCACAGCUGCUGCAGGAGAUGAAGAAGACCACACAGGCAGAGGAGCAGCUCCGCCAGCACGCCCAGAUGGAGGAGCGGCGCGUGGCCGACUUGGAGGGCCAAGUCUCCGAAGUGUCAGAACUUCUUGGCACGUAUGAAAAAGCCAAGCAGAAAGACCAAGCGAUCAUUCAGAAGCUAAAGGACCGCAUCGCACAACUGGACCUAGAGAACAAAACCCUGGCCAUCGCUGCAUCCAGCCGAUCCCCUCUUGAUGUUCACAUCGAAGAAGCCAAUCUUGAUGUUAACGUUCUGAAAGAUAAAAUGGAGAAGCUGAAGAAACUCUUGCAGGCAGCAGCCAAGAAGAGCCAACCCACUCUGGACAUCGAGAAGCUGUGCGAGCUGGAGCUGCCGAAAAACACUGAGACCGGGGAUGGGGAGAAGGCCACUGCUUUGUACUAUCAGCAGGAGCUGAAGCAGCUGAAGGAAGAGUUUGAAAGGUACAAGAUGAGGGCGCAAGUGGUCCUCAAGAACAAGUCAGCCAAAGAUGGCAAUCUGGCUAAAGAACUAGAGGAAGCUCAGGAGCAGCUGGCUGACCUGAAGGAGAAAUACAUCGUGCUCCAGGUCUCCUCUGAUGAAAUGGAGAAGCAGCACCAGCAUGACAUGGAAGCCAAGAAGCAAGAGUUGUCCCAGCUGCAGCAAAUCCAUAGGCAGGAAUUAGAACGAUGCCAGUUAGAGUACAGAGAACGGGCUCUGAAGCUGGAGGAGGAGAUGCACAAGCAGCGGGACCGCGCACUGGCUGUGCUGGCGGAAAAGGACCAAGAGCUGGAGCAGCUGAGAUCUGUCGCGUUUCCUCAUGGGGUCCAAGGAUCCAAAAACUACCUGGCAUCAGGGACUGACGGUACUGGCCGUGACUCACUAGGUAAUGAUGCCUCCGAGAUUCUCCCCCAGGCUCUUCAUCUCUCCACCAGCGGUGAGCCCACCUUCUUCUUGUACGCAGAGCAGCUGGCUCGCAAAGAAGUAGAAAUUGUCGCCCUGAGGAAGCAGAAGCACAAGCUGGAAAUGCAAUUACAUCAACUUCGGGAGAAAGUCUUGGCUGAGGAGGAGAAGCACCGGGAAGAGGUAUCCACUCUGCAAAGUGAAAUUGAGAAGAACUUCAGAGACAAGAGCAGAGAGGGAGCCAACCUGGAGUACCUCAAGAACAUUGUCUAUCGGUUUCUGACACUGCCAGACUCUCUCGGCCGCCAGCAGACUCUCACUGCCAUCUUGACUAUUCUGCAUUUCAGCCCAGAAGAAAAACAAACUAUUGCCAAACAGUCAGCUUCCAGCAGCUGGUGGCUUUCUGGGAAGAGAUGAGAUGGUAACUUCUACUCCUGACUGCUUUUGCACGGUAACACACUUCCGAUUAUUAACUAAGACCACUUCACUGUGGUGUCACCUCUCUGCAACCAUGCGAUGGAGCGGGGACCCUUCGGCAAAGAAUUGGGCUUAAACCAGUGCUCUUGGCAUUAAAUUAAAGCAGAAUUGUGCCAACUGUUCCAAUAGGGUCACAGUGCUCUCUGGUGUGAGGAUUCACUCUGAGUCAGAACUUGAUUUAAAACAAAAAGAUGAAGACACUGAUGCUUUUUAAACACAAUUUUUAACAUCAUCUCUCCCUGUCAGGGUGAGGAGCUCCGUUGGAGUGAAAUUUGCUUGUUCAAACACCAGGCAGGCUCGUGACUCCAAAGAUGUAAAGGUGAGGGGGAAGCAUUUAGCACAGUGCUAAAAUAACAUAAGACAAAGAGCUCAAAGCCUGCGAGAAGGAUGAGUCUUAACCACCAGCAUCGUCCAAAUGUGGAAAAUCUUGAGCUGUUCCUCUAAAAUUCUUUCUUUUUUACUUAGAGCCAAAUUUAUCCCAAGGGAUCCAGCAGCUCCUUGCAGCGUUGAGGCUCAUCUGAUGGCAGAGCUUGUUACCGUGUGCUCUGACCAGGGGUUCUCUCUGCAGUUACCGGUGUCUCCCAGGAAGGAAAUCCUCAAGAUUUACUGGCAGCGGUGCAAGCGGCGGUUCCCCAGCAGCGUCAAACUAGCACGUGCUGUGUCCCAGUUCUUUUAGAGUGGAUAUCAGAGCAUUCUGACCUUGCUUGGGAUGGGAACCAGGGUGUUGCAGGCUGAGGGAAGGCUGAAAUAGGCACAUGGAGCCUUCAAGGAAUCAUUUUCUGAGUGUUUGGGAGCUUGGCGGAAGUUUGAGAUGCUCCAUAGUGUUGGUUUGGGGAGCAAUGCCUUUUCCUGCUGGAAUAGCAGCAGCGAGGGAUGGAUGGGAAUAACUCUGGGGCAACAUAACCCAGUUACUGGGCUUGCGGUGAGCGUCACGAGAGGAUGAAGGUCUGGCCUGUGGCUGUGUAGACCUUCGAGCUCCCGCAUAACUUCCUUGCAAACUGGUGAGUGUGGCAGGAAGGAAGCCAAACAUUUUGAACCACAGCUUCCCACUGGUGUCCCUGCUGUUCGCAGUUGUGCUCCAGAUCUGCGGGCUCCUGGCUCGGUGGGAAGGUGGCCAGAAUCUGUAUUUCAUGAGCAGUUGUGAGACUGAAAGCGGAGCGAAGGUUUGAAAUAGGAGAGGACUGUGUGGAGGGUCAGGACCUCGGGAGCUGCGACUAUGAGCAUGACACGCUUGGUGUAAGACCGAUGCUGGCGUGAGCAAAUGCUCCCCUCUCCGUGUAGGAACCUCACUUUCUUUUUGUUGUUUGAAGUCUGUGCUCAGGUGCCUUGAGAGCCGGUGGACUGGAAAAGGAGAAUGCGCUGUUUCACCCUCAAAGCUUGUGUUUUUGCUGCUCGGAAGGUUGUGUUUACCCUGUUGCCUUUCCAUUGCCUUCCAUCUCUCCCAUGCAAGGCUGGUGGUUGAGUCAAGGGAAGCAUCCACCUGGCUGAAGGGAGGACCAACUGGAUCCCUGGGGGUCUCCCCACCUGAUUUCUUGAGUGCUGGGGUCACUGGAAGUCACCCACCAGUCUCCCAGUCUCCAGGGAUUGGCACCCAGGGGUGCAGCAUCCCUCCCUGCACAGCCACUGCCGGGGAUGCUGCCCUGGCAUGGGACUUGGCUCUGAAAAGCAACUCAAGGGAAGCAGCAAGUAGCAGGACAGGCUCACCAGUCCGCCUCGGUUCUGUCUGGUCCAUGUAGCAAUGCAACAUCGCACGAGGGCUGCAGGUUCUGCAGGUGGGAGAGGUUUAGUGGGUCAACGGGAUGGGUUUUUGUAUCCAAACCAGCAUCUGCUGCAGGGAACUGCUCCUGAGGUCUGGAGCAGCGCCUCGAUUCUCUCUGUAAUCGCAGUUACGCAGGGUCACAGAGAAAAAUGAGCAUCCCAGCUAUUGUGUGUCCAGUGCUACCUGUUGGCUUGAGGUUAUUUGAAAUGAGAAGGAGUGUCUCUGUGAGGUGGGAAGAGCUGGAAAAGCACCCAUCAGGAAGUGUUCGAGCUGAUAUUUAAAUGAUCAUUAUUCUCUUAAAACCAGGGAGGGAUGUUUUGCUUCCGGAGAUGCUGGGUGGCUGCCUACAGCCCUGGAAACUGGUUUCUCCUGACUGAAACUUCUCGAGGUUUCUCAGCUGUGGAGCCAAAUCCUCAUUUGAGUUUUGGUUUCCUGCCCCUGCUUUGUUUUUAAUAAAAACUUGGCUACUAAAACAUGACUUCCCAGUCCUGAAGUGCAGGGAAUGUGUUUGUAAACAGGGACAUUAAGCCCUGUUGAGAGAAGCCAUGGGGUUGCUCAGAGUCCUGGAGCUGAGCUGAUUCAGCAGCUCUUGGCGCCGGGCUGCCGCAACACUCACACCGGCUCAGCCGGGUGGAUGAGCUCCAACUGCUCCAACAGGCUCAGAGCGGGAUAUGUGCUUCUCGCUCCAGAGUCUUUUCCCUUCUCAGUGUUGUGCCAGCUGUCCUUGUCCCACCGACGACUGAGUUCCCUCGAAUCCACUCCAUAAAUCCCACCUUUCUGAAGGUAAAGGCGGCGUUUCGGUUAACGCAACCCUUGGUGCCAAUUUCUCCUCCAAAACUCCUCAGGGAAAACAUCUCUCAGGCAGAACCGGUGCCUGAUGGACAUCCAGGGAGGGGAUAACAAACUCCCCAGUUCCCCAUGCUGGUGUGGACGUCACCGCUGUGCAGAGCCCGGGCUGAGAGAAGUGAUGGUUGUUCCAUGUGCUGAUCUGAUGGAAGCAACUGGAUGGAAAUGGUUACACAGAGUGUUUUAUAGAAUAGUUUGGGUUGGAAGGGACCUUAAAGAUCAUCCAGUUCCAACCCCCCUGCCACGGGCAGGGACACCUCCCACUGGCUCAGGCUGCCCAAGGCCCAUCUCAACCUGGCCUUGAAUAUUUCCAGGGAUGGUGCAUCCUUGUGUUUGGUCCUGGGCUCCUUGGUUUGAAGGAAUCGUUAGUGACAGGAGUGUUGGCUCUGCCAAGAAGAGCCUGGUCUCUGGUCCCGAUUUGGUGAGCCCGAAUCAAGUGGUGCGUCUGAAACAGCAGGGAUUGCUCCAAUUCUGACCUUGCAGGAGUGAGAGCCAUUCCCAUAAUGCUGAGGGUGGUGAUGCUUCCUCCUGCUUUGCUGCACAGGCUGAGAGGG